AUGGGCGGUGCUCCGCGGCCCGGCGCGCAGCCUUGUGGGGAUUGUAGUCCCGGUCCCCGCCCCUGUGCCGCGCCGACCCCGCCCCUGGAACUACGCUCCCGUCGUGCCCCGCGGCGCGGGCGGAGGCGGGGCAGGCGGUCGGUUGCUAAGCCUUGGGAGGCGCUGCGCUCGCGUGCGGUUCUUCAGGUAAGCGCGGGGUCCCGGCGUCUCGGCUCUCGCGGCCCCGGCUCCCACGGACGGCGAGCCGGGGUGGUGACGGGCGCGGGGGAAAGCGUAUCUCGGCUGGCGGGGGACGCCGGCCGUGCCCGGCGCCAGGAGGCUGCCGGGGGCAUCGGCGCGUUGCGCGUGCGCGUGGGGCGGUCGGGCCACCGGCCGCCGCUGCCCCGCCGUCGACCUUGUGCGCGUGCGCGCGCCCCUGCGGGCGCGGGGGUGGAGACCCCGUACGCCCGGCGGCUCCGCUCGCCCCCCCCCCCCCCCCCCGCGCGCGUGCCUGGGGUCGUCGCGGCCAGCCCCCUGCCUCCGGGUCCCGCGUGUGCUGGCGUCCCGCCCCUGCAGGCCUCUCCACGUUGUAAACGGGCGCUGCCCUGUCCUUACCGACAGCGUGCGUGGCCCGGGGCUUCUCCUGGCCUGGCCCGGGCUGCACCCCGCGCGCCCGACCUCCUCGGACGCCCCGCCGUCGGAGAACGCCGUAUCAGCAGUGCGGAGCUCGUUAGGGUGCAGAUGGCAGCUCCCUGCCUCCCCGCUGGGCCAGGAGCCGCCCGGGUUCCGCCCUCGGAACCAGCACCGAACCAGCACCUCGCGCGCUGCGGGUGGGCCUGGGACUCCAGCCCUGGCUGUCCUGUUCAGGGCUGCCUGCUUUCCAGGGCCAGCUGCGGGUCACUGCCUCCGAGGAGCCCUCCUUGACUCUGCCCACCCACCGUCUCCCCCCACCCACCCCGGGCAUCACUGGACCCCGGCCGUUGUGGGGUCUCGUGUGGGUUUCGUCCCUUUCUGCCUCCGACAGCCCCUCGUGAUGGUGUUGGAUUCCCGUUUUUCAGAGGGGGACGUUGAGGCUGGGGCUUAGGCCUGGUGCCCCGGGGUUCACACCCAGCUUCUGGCCUGCCUUCCUAAUCCAGUGGGGAGACGGGGCCUCGAGCCUGAGUUUACUGGGUGUUGCCUGCAGGGAGACUCCGCUGCCUGAAUCAGUGCCAUUUCCUGAUUCCCUUGAGCACCAGAGUCUUAGGGACUCCCAGGGCACCCCUUCUGUGGUGGGGUGACACGGGGGGGGGUAGUUCUAAGCUGCCGGACACUUGUGUUAGGGUCCUAUGUCCCUGGCCCACCUGUGGGGGCUCCCAUGUGCAGUUGAGGCUCCCUCCUUGUGGUCUAGGACUUAGUGCCUGAGGCAGAGGCACUGGGACCCUGCAUCUUCGGUUCUGAGCCGGCUGUGGCUGCCCCCGGACGGGCCAGGGUCGGCACUGAGCUGGGUGAGCAUAGCAGAUGGUGUGCGGGGGGUGUGGAGGCGGCUGGGUGCCUGGAGCCGGGCCUUGAUCUCAGGCUUCCGGGAUGAGAGAGGAGCCGGGUACCCCAGAGGCCUCCAGCCCGCUGCACGUCCCGGCUGGCUGAAACAGCCCUGGUGCGCGGACCCUGUUUGCCACUGGACUGGCGCUGCCCUCUGGACGUUGGGCUUCGAGCUCAGGCGGGGACCUCGUCUCCAGAAGCUGUUCACUCCUUAUCUGUGGGAUGGGCCCUGGAGGCAGCCCGAGAGCUGGUCGGAUCCCGACUCCGCCUUCCCUGCCUGGUGGCUCCAGGAAGUCCUUCCAGCUCACAGAGCCUCGGCUUGUCCUGCAGAAAGGGGCCAGCCCCCGAGCUCCCUUCUGGGUCACUGGGAGGACACGUGGCGGCUACAGUACCAGCAGCUGUCAUCCGAGGCCUAGGGCCUUGUUUGGAGUCUGCUGACUUGGCAACUGCCCGGUGCCCUCACCCCUCCCUUUUUUUUAGUGGCUUCACCGAGGGGCAGUUCACCCAUUUAAAAUGGACCGAUCUGGGCGCUUGGGUGGCUCAGUGGGUUAAGCC